UGAGAGCUUCUCUCUUUGAUCUCAUGGAUUGUCUCUCAUUGUUUGUUUUUCUUGCUAGCCUUGUUGUCUCAGCAUUCCCUCCAUGUUAUGUUCAUGGUAUAAUUAGCUGCAUUGAAACUGAAAGGAUAGCGCUUCUCAGCAUCAAAGCAGGCAUUAAUCAGAGCGACGACCAAAGCUUGUUCUCUUCUUGGACUGGCCAUGACUGUUGCAAAUGGCAAGGCGUGAGCUGCAAUCAUGAAUCCCGGCAUGUCAUCAAGCUUGAUCUCCAACAGCACCCAUCUAAUGAUAUCUCUGAUUAUUAUGACUUGCCACCAAGUAAGUUGAACUCUUCUCUCAUUCAGCUUCAUCAAUUAAAGCACUUGGAUUUGAGCAUGAACAACUUCGAUGACUCCCCCAUCCCAGACUUCAUUGGCUCUUUUUCCAACCUUGAAUACCUUAAUCUCUCCAAUGCCGGAUUCAGUGGUGCCAUUCCUCAUACCUUUGGAAACCUAUCAUUCUUGCGUUAUCUUGAUCUUAGCUCAAAUUAUAAUCUACAACCCAAUGACCUCCACUGGCUCUCUGGAAUGACUUCUUUGCAUCAUCUUGAUUUGAGUGGAGGGAACCUUUCCAACGUGCAUGGUUGGCUUCAUGACAUUAACAGUGUGCUCCCCUCUCUACGUGUGUUGAAACUUUCUAAUGCUAAACUUCAAGGUGGUGGCAUUUAUGCUACUACUGAUCUGCCUCAUUAUCUCAACUUCACAUCUCUUCGUGUGCUUGAUCUUUCUUUCAAUUCUGACCUGAACAUCACUCUGUUUCAAUGGUUGUUCAAUCUCACUAACCUUAUUCAUCUUGAUCUCUCUGGUUGUGCUCUGUAUGGCAAGUUACCAGUCACAGUAGGUAACUUGAGUCGCUUGAGAGUCUUGAGCUUGUCCUUUAACUUUUUUUAUGGAGUGAUUCCAGAGUCCUUUGGAAAUCUCGGUAGCUUGGAGAAACUUGAUUUGUCAUGGAAUAAAUUCAUUGGAGGCAUUCCAGAAUCUCUUAGCAAUCUUACAAAUUUAGAGUACUUUGAUUUGUCUCAUAAUAAGAUUGGAAAGUUGCCAAAGAGCAUUGGGAGGAUGCAGAAGUUGGUGUACUUUGAUUUGGCUUAUAAUAACAUUGGAAAGCUGCCAAACAGCAUAGGGAGGCUGCAGAAUUUGGAGAUUUUUGAUGUAUCCAGAAACCAGGUUCAGGGAUUGAUGCCUGCAAGCAUUAGGGAUCUAAGAAACAUGCAAUACUUGGAUUUGUCACAGAAUAUGAUCAGUGGACCAAUUCCUGAAUCCUUUGGCAAUCUCACACUUUUGCAGUAUCUAUAUUUGUCUGAAAAUGCAAUAAGUGGAAUGUUACCAGAGAGUUUUGGAAAUCUUAGCCAAUUGUUGUGGUUGACAAUGCAGGCCAAUGGCAUCAAUGGAACAUUGCCAAAAGGCAUGGGGAAAUUAUGCAAGUUACAGACCUUGGAUUUAACUGGCAAUAUGAUCAGUGGAGGCAUAGAUGAUUUUGUUGAUGGACUGUCUAAAUACAGGGAGAACAAGUAUGGUUCUGCUUCAGAAAGUAGUGUGGGUCUAAAAACAUUGCGUAUGGGAAACAACAUGCUGAAUGGAGCAAUUCCAGAGAACAUAGGCAAAUUAUCUAAACUGUUUGAACUGAAUCUCUCUUCAAAUUAUUUGAUGGGUGUCUUAACUGAAUCUCAUUUUGCUAAUCUUGUAAACUUGAAAUAUUUGGACUUAUCCUACAACUCGUUGCAAUUGAAUGUAAGUGAGAAUUGGAAGCCUCCUUUUGAAUGCUUGCAGAUCAGAAUGUGUUCUAUCAAGGUAGGCUCAGUGUUUCCCACUUGGCUAAAAACUCAGACAUAUUUGAGUGACCUUUGCUUAUCAGAUGCUGGAAUUUCAGGCAACAUCCCUGCAUGGUUUGGAUAUCUAAGUCCCUCUUAUAGCUAUUUUCUCAAUCUAUCAAAUAACAAUUUGGAGGGGAGGCUACCAACUUCUUUGAAAAAUUACACUUUCUACAGCAUAGAUUUGAGUUCAAACAGAUUUGAAGGCCCAUUACCUGAGCUUGAUCCCUCCCCUUUGCUUGUUAUCUAUCUCAACAACAACUCAUUCUCUGGGUCUAUUCCUUCAUACUUUACUAAUGCUACUUAUAUUCAAGUUUUCUCUGUAUCUGACAAUCUUAUCAGUGGCAAUAUUCCGUCGUUCUUCUGUAACCUUACUAGCUUGGAAUUGCUUGAUAUAUCUAAUAAUGAUAUGUCUGGAAGACUUCCCAAUUGCUGGAAUCCAACAUCAGCAUUGGAAAUUAUUAAUUUAUCUGACAAUAAUUUCAUUGGUAAAAUUCCUGCUGGCCUUGUGUCCCUGACCAAUCUCCGAUCCUUACAUUUGAGAAACAAUAGCUUCUCUGGAGGUCUCCCCUUGUCCUUGAAAAUGGCCAAAAAGUUGGUCACUCUUGACAUUGGUGACAACAAACUCUCAGGUAGCAUACCAUCAUGGAUUGGAGAAAACCUUUCAUCUUUAAUAGUGCUUCGCUUAAGAUCAAAUUUAUUCCAGGGCAUCAUUCCAGAGCAAUUAUCAAAACUCUCCUCUCUUCAGAUCCUUGACCUUGCACACAACAACCUAUCAGGUUGCAUUCCUCAUUCUUUUGGAGAUUUCAAAGCCAUGGUAGUCACAAACCACACUCAAUGGUGGUCUUUGUUCUCUAUUUUGAGUGUUGCCGAGCCUUUAUUUCCCCCUGGCAGCAAUGGUGGUCAUAAUAGCUUUGCGUACUCAGAAUCUCUCUUAAUAAGUGCAAAGGGUCUUCAAAUGGAAUACUCCAAGGUUCUAUCAUUAGUCACAAGCAUAGACAUAUCAAACAAUAAGCUUUCCUGCGAGUUGCCUAAAGAACUGACCAAACUGCAUGGACUGCAUUUCUUGAAUCUUGCUUACAACCAUUUCAAUGGAAAGAUACCAGAAAACAUCAGUGAAAUGAAACAGCUGGAAUCCCUUGAUCUAUCAUGGAACAAUUUAAUUGGUACCAUUCCUUCAAGCAUGUCUACUUUGAACUUCUUGGCCCAUUUGAACCUUUCCCACAACAAUUUGUCAGGAAAAAUUCCAUCAGGCAGCCAACUUCAGACUUUCGAUUCAUCAGCUUACAAUUGGAAUCAUAAUCUUUGUGGAUCACCUCUUCAGGAUUGUGCUAAUGAGACACAUUAUUCCCAAGGUGCAAACAAGGAAGAAGGAAAAAGAGAAUGGUUAGAGAUGUUAUGGCUUUACGUAGGCCUUGCAAUGGGAUUCAUUACUGGCUUUUGGGUAAUCAUUGGCACCAUUAUUAUCAAGCAAACCAUAAGGAUUGCUUAUUUCAGAUCCAUUGACAAAGCAUAUGAUUGGCUAUAUGUGAAGAUGGUUAUGUACUCCCGGAGAUUCAAAUCAACUUUCUCAAAGAGGAACUAAGGACGGUCACAAAUAACAAGUCGGGUGAUCUAACUAGUUUGUAUCGAUAAAGCAAUGUUAGUCUAUUAUGUUGCAUUUGUUACGAGUCCUUGUUUAUUUUGUAUUUGAAUUGUAAGUUUGUAAUUUGAGUUAUUAUUGGAUAUGAAAUUGUA